AUGUCGUCGGGAGGGGAGAAUUCUCACUGCUCCCGGAAGCUUGAAAAAUGUAAAAUCUGUGGGGAUAUGGUUCCAAAAAGACAUGGAGAAGAACAUUUCUUGAGAACUCAUGUGCCGGUGACCUGUUCUUUGUGUGGGGAGAAAAUGGAUCGUGAGAUAUUAGCUGUUCACAAAGGUGAAAAUUGCCCACAAAGGAUUGUGGCAUGCGAGUAUUGCGAGUUUCCUUUGCCUGCAAUUGAUUUAUCUGAGCAUCAGGAAGUAUGUGGGAAUAGAACCGAACUCUGCCAUCUUUGUAGCAGAUAUAUUAUGCUCCGUGAAAGAGAUGGCCAUGAGAAUAGAUGUGAUGGAGGCACAAACAAAAUUGCAGAAUCUGUUCCAAAAAGACAUGCAGAAGAUCAGUUCUUGAGCACUCAUGCUCAGGUAGCCUGUUCUUUGUGUAGCAAGACAAUGGAGCGUGAGGUAUUAGCAAUUCACAAACGCAAAAAUUGCCCACAAAGGAUUGUGACAUGCGAGUAUUGCAAGUUUCUUUUGCCUGCAAUUAAUUUACUUAAGCAUCAGGAAGUAUGCGGGAAUAGAACAGAACGCUGCCAUCUGUGUAGCAGAUAUAUUAGGUUCCGUGACAGAAAUGCCCAUGAGAAUAGAUGCAAUGGAGGCACAAAUAACCUUGCAGAAUCUUCCAGGAACACUAGUCCAGCUGAGAGAGAUCGUGGUGCUCCUAGAAGGAAGCCACAUGAAGUUCCCAAGCCUUGGCUUCUAUUUACAAUUGCAAUAACGGGUGUUGCUGUUUUGUUUGGCUCACUUAUUUUCCAGAGGAAAGAAGAUAGUCGAGUGCGCAAGCAGCUUUACUGUAAUCCAUCAACUGGUACUUUAUCAACUUGAAUUUCUUACUAUCAGAGAAGUCGUGCUAGAACUCAUAAUGUCCCUACAAGCAGUGGUGGAAAUUUACACUGCAUAGAUAGAUAAAAGAAUUUUUUUUUUUUUUUUUUUUUUUUAUAUAUAUGUUGACUCUCCUUGUCUUUUUGAUGUGUUUACUUCUUUAUAUUUUGAUACCCCUCGGUUAAAAUCCUGCCUCCGCCAGUGCCUACAAGCAAUUAACAUGUAAAAUCAAAGACAAAUUCCACUAAUACAUGAACAGAUACUGUUGUAAGUAAUCAGUUUGUAUCUCUAGUUGAUCAAAAUAAUGUAAUUGCCUUAUUGAAAAUAAUCCCAUCCAUGAUGCAAAGAACA